AUGACGUUGUAUUUGAAGGCGGCGAGUUCGGGCCACAGUGGGAACUUUUGCCAAAAUAUCGAGUCGGUGAUGAUUGUGGAGAAGAGGCCAAUGGUUAUGCCAGAUAUGGCGGCGGGAAGAAUGUCGCUACGCAGGUUUACGCGCUUUUUGGCCCAGAGGUCUGCGGUUGUGGUUGCUAGGAGGAGGGCGAUUUCUGAGCGGAAAACUAUACCUGCGAUGGUGAGAAGGUUUGGCUAUUCCCGCGACUAUCAAAGCCCCAACGAAGGUGCGCGGGACCGCACCAGGGAAAGAGAAAUGAUCAUAUUGGGUGCGGAAUCUGUUCUUUGCAUUCUUGGUCGGUAUCCCAUAAGUGGAAAUGUCGUGUAUGGCUUGGAUGUUGAAAGAUUCCUCGACUUUUGUGUAGGGCGAAACGUAGAGGUGGAGGAGGAUGAGGCCAGGAAUGAGCGAGAGCAGGAACCAGUCUGCAGCCAGUCAAUAGCUACCUACAGACUCAUCUCCUUAGCAUGGGAUAGCACGCGGCAGUACAUGUUUUUAUUGAAGGAGGUCAUCGUCCUCAUCAUAAACGCCAUCGCUAUCCUCUCUGAAGACCGCUUUUUGGCUCGCAUUGGUUGGGGCCGCACACAGUACGAUCCCGGCUUCGGCGCCGCCGUCCCCGACAACACAAGCAUCAAGGCGAAAUCCGUCAAUCUAAUAGCAAGCGUGCGGACGGUUAUGAGAAUAUCUACCCUUGCUGUCUCCGCCAAUUUACAUACAUUCCAAGCUUCAUCACACCAGCAGCUGAGAGAAUAUAAAACAAAAUAUUUCAAUAUUUCAAUCCCUCGAACUUAUACGGACCUUCGCACUCCCAUCGGGAGCAUAUCGACUAUGAAAAGUUGUCUGCGUGGCAUACGAUUAGCCUCAGGCAAGUCUCAUGCAUCUCUAAUCGGGCAUUGGAAAGAUACGUGCGAAGAAGGCCAGUCGGGCCAUUAG